AUGUGGUCUACGUUUUUUAUGACCGAUGAGGAGGGCCGCCCUGUGGGUCCGGUGGUAGCAGGAACUGCGGCAGCACCAGGAGGUGGUCAAGGUGCAGUGGGCCUGGCCAGCCUGAUGAGCGGACGCAGUACGUUUGGGGGCAAAAGGGGUCGCAGGGUGACGUCAACAGGACACGGCAUGAGUGAAGCCCAGGAGGGAAAGAUCAAGCUGGCAUUCUUCGUGGCCAUUGUGGGCGUAGUCCUGACGGUGCUCGGGGUGGGGACAGAGUUCUGGGUGGAGCUGGCGCCUCCAAAGAGUUUCUAUAACAACGAGACAUGUCUGACAGCGCACUACGGCCUGUGGAAGGGCUGCACCAAGACCCUGUGGGUGGCUGAUAUCGACCCAGAUAGAGAGGAAUGUGUGAGCAGCUUGCUGACUGGAUAAUCAAACUGCACCUACUUCAAGUUUUUCACCACGGGGGAAAAUGCCGUGAUGUUUCAGAAGACGACACACAAGAAUUUGAAUGUAGCAGCAGCCAUGUUGGCCCUGUUCAGCCUCUUCCUGAUGGUGAUGGGGGCCAUAUGCAUCACCAUGGCACUCAGUAAAGAAAUCCUGUUCUUCCUCAAACCAGCAUCAGUAUGCUUUAUUUUGUCAGGCACCCUGGUGCUUCUCUCUCUUGUGGUUUUCCACCAGUCGGUCUUGGCUUUCCUGGCCAGCGACCACACGAUUCCUCUUCACCACGAGCUCUCCUGGUCGGUGUCGUGUAUCGGCUGUGCGGGCGCCAUUCUCAUCGUGGGUGGGGUCCUCUUCCUGCUGCUGGCGCUGCCCUGCAGCCCCUGGCAGAGGUGUUUCGCUCAGAAUAGCAGCAGCAGCUAG